AUGGGAAGUAUUGGCAAGUUGAGUCGUUAUUCCUUUCCAGAUGGCUUUGUUUUCGGAUCUUCCUCAGCGGCCUACCAGUAUGAAGGCGAAACAAACAGAAGUGGUAAAGGGCCCAACAUAUGGGACACUUUCAUUGAGGAGCAUCCAGAGAGGAUAAGCGACCAUAGUAAUGCAAAUGUGGCAGUUGAUUUCUAUAACCGCUACAAGGAAGAUGUGCAAAGAAUGAAGAAAGUGGGAAUGGAUGCUUUCAGAUUCUCUAUUUCUUGGUCUAGAGUGUUACCAUAUGGCAGACUAAGUGCAGGAAUAAACGAAGAAGGGAUCCAAUUUUACAACAAUCUCAUCGAUGAGCUCUUAAGAAAUGGUAUACAGCCUUAUGUAACUCUCUUUCAUUGGGACACUCCACAAGCACUAGAAGAUAGAUAUGGUGGCUUUUUAAGCCCUAACAUUUUAAAUGAUUUCCGAGACUUUGUGGAACUUUGCUUCCAAAAAUUUGGAGACCGAGUGAAGAAUUGGAUCACGUUAAAUGAGCCUUUCAUGUUCAGUGUCAAUGGUUAUGACACGGGCACAUUAGCACCUGGUAGAAUUUCAACUCUGGAGAAUUCAUGUACAGGCCAACCCAAAAUCUCAGGUGCCACCGAGGUUUACAUAGUGACCCAUCAUCUAUUACUUGCUCACGCAACAGCUGUGAAAGUAUACAAGGAAAAAUAUCAGAACAUGCAUGACUAUGUUGGAGGAAGAUUGCCUAAAUUCAGUGAAGAGGAAUCUAAGAUGCUGACAGGAUCUUAUGACUUUAUUGGAAUCAAUUACUAUACUACAUAUUACGCUCGGAAUGUUGAGGAUGUUAAUUAUAAAAACAUUGGGUUUAUGGAAGAUGCUCGUGUUACUUGGCCAGGGGAGAGAAAUGGAAUACCAAUUGGUCCACAGGCUGGUUCAAGUUGGCUUUAUAUUUAUCCUGAAGGAAUUCGUCAUCUUUUGAAUUACAUAAAAGAUGCGUAUGGAAAUCCAACAAUAUACAUCACUGAAAAUGGAGUUGAUGACGUGAAAUCCUCAUCAUUGGAGGAAGCUCUUAAUGAUCCCAUAAGAGAAAAAUCUUACAAAGACAUUUUUUACAAUGUUUUGGAAUCCAUUAAGUGA